ACACCACACUUCCCUGAUGAGGAUGAAAAGCUGCGUGCGUCAGGGAUUUCUCGACGGCGCGGCGGGAAUUGUCCCAAUACUCUCGAGGUGCUGCAGCAACUAGCUCGAAUUUCUCCGGGAAACCUUCCUUUGGCUCUAGUCACGGUACUCCCUAGGAGGUCAUCUAUUGCGUCUCGACAGAUAAUAGCCCAGUUUGAACCGCAUGUGAACCUUGGUAGUUGCAUUUACCGAGAAAGCUAUGAGGAACCACCUUCGAGCUACAUUAUCAAAAGUCAGUCAACGGGGAGCCGGACAGUUGUCAAUCACAAUGAGCUUCCAGACAUGACAGUGGAAGAGUUUGUUCAAAUUUCUCAAGAUCUAGGCCCUCGGGCCAAAUGGUUCCAUUUCGAGGGCCGAGCGCCAGGUAUUGUGCUCGAGUGCAUACGUCACCUCCGCGCCGAAUUCCCUUCUGCUCCUAUCAGCGUCGAAAUUGAAAAGCCGGGUCGGCCAGGCCUACAAGAAUUAGCGAAUGCAGCCGAUGUGGUGUUCUAUUCAAAAUCAUGGGCACUGGGCUACGGAUAUGCAUCUGCAAGAGAAUGCUUGAAGGAGCAAUCAUUCCAGACACCAAAUGCAUCUAACCCAUGGGCGAACCUCAGAUCGCAUCUUUUCUGCACAUGGGGCCAGGAUGGAGCCGAAUUGUAUGAAAAGGCCACAGGAAGAUUCAUGCAUGCUGCAGCAUACACUACAGAAAACUUUCAGGUUGUCGACCCUGUGGGUGCAGGAGAUACCUUUAUCGCUGGGAUGCUUUAUGCGUUAAAUUGCAAAAAUGAGGACUGGGAUCUUUGCAGGAAGCUUGAAUUCGCGAAUCGCGUAGCAGGGAUGAAAGUAUCGCAAGAGGGCUUUUUAGGGUUAGGUCGAGCAUUAACUUCAUGA